AUGUCCGGCAAGCGAUCGCGCGGGCCGUGGACGCUCGAGAGCAUGGAGAUCGCCGCGCGUCAAAGCGUCGACGCGGCGAUGGACCUCGGAAGGCGGUAUCGCGAGGGCGACGGCGUCGAGCAGAGCGACAAAGAAGCGCUCCGUUGCUUCCUGCAAGCUGUCGCGCUGCGCGACGCGCCGCCGCCGGCGCCUCCGCUGGCAGCGGCGACCGCGAAACCUGGUGGAUCUGAGCGCCGCGAUCAUCAUACCCCUGCCGCGCCUGCGCCUCGCGACUUCAACGACGUCAACAAGGACGUCGCGUGCCUCGUGUUCGCGCACCUUCGAAGGUAUAGAGACCGCGUGGCGCUUUCUCGGGUGAGCAAAGUCUGGAGGGACGCCUCGAAGGAGGCGGCGUCUUUGCCGGACAGACUCGAAUUGGGUAACCAUUGGUAUAUUGGAAGGAGGAAUGAUCGCUUUUAUAAUUGGGUGACCAUGUGUACACUUUUAGGAAGAAUGAUCGAGUAUCUGAUGCAACACAACGGCGUGCUCACCCUCCCGAAGCAGCGGGUUCACGACCUUCUGGUGAGUGUGUUUUUGAACGAUGACGAAGCAUAUUUUUGCGAUGACGCCGCAUGCUUCGGUGAAUUCGAACUGAUGAAAUGGUUGAGGCAGCACGAUUACCCUUGGUCCGAGCAUACGUGCAAAGAUGUUGCGUAUGGAGGACACCUUCACGUGCUGAAGUGGGCGCGCGAGAACGGCGCACCUUGGGACAUUCGGACUUGCCAAUAUGCCGCUCAAAACAAACACUGGCACAUUCUGCGGUACGCGAUCGACAACGGCUGCCCGGGAGCUGAGAGGUACUACUCCUGGUACUACUCUGUACUACCACCGGCCUGA